GCUUGCUCCGGAUGCAGUUGUCAUGGAGAUGGAAAAGGGCUUAGCGUCCACGAGUGGCACUGUUACCAUGGAAAUCCCCAUCGCAGCAGCUGCCUCACCGGAGCGAGCAGAAUCCGAGAAGGGUUUUCAGCAUCAUGGACAGCAGCGCCGUGCCGGAGCUGCGUUCCACCACAGAAACUAUCGCAUGCUGAUUGUAAUCGGAGAGAUUUCCUCCAGCCAUCACCUUGACGCCGCCAGGGAACAGAUCAUACAAGGCUUGCGUUCCUGGAACGUUGAUCUGACUGUCUGUGAUCUGAACAAGGAGCUGCAGCUGUUUGAGACCAGGCACACCGCUCAGUUCUCUUCCCAGGUCAAAGGCCAGCGGAUUCUCCAGUAUAAGAGUGAUGUACUCGAGACAACGGUGUUGGUGAACCCAUCAGAGGAGACCGCUGCCUCAGAGAUUCACUCUCUGAUCACUGACUUUGCUGGAAAUAAGUUGCUGAUCCUGAGCGGCCAGAGCUCAGAGCAGGGAGGUGACAUCCUACUGCAAGGUGGAGCAUUCACUUGGCAACACUUCUCCAACGUCAUCUCCAACCCUCAAGUGAUUGAACUCCUGACCAAGGCCUCUUCAGAGCAGCCGGCCAGGCUUACUGUUUCCUGUCAGGGAGACGGGGGCUGGAGCUCCCUAGGCCAAAGCCAGGAGCAGCAGUCACUCCAAAAUCUUCUGGAAUACCGCCUGAACCCAGAACCUUACCUGCCCAACAUGGACGGAGUCAAAGAGUUCACUGAAUAUGUCUCUGAGACAGUGGAUGUGCCGUCGUCCUUUGACCUCCUGGAGCCCCCAACUUCUGGAGGUUUUCUGAAGCUGUCCAAACCCUGCUGCUACAUCUUCCCCGGCGGCAGGGGAGAUUCCGCUCUGUUCGCUGUCAACGGAUUCAACAUCCUGGUGGAUGGAGGGUCUGAUCGAAAGUCCUGCUUCUGGAAGCUGGUUCGCCACCUGGACAGGAUCGACUCUGUUCUGCUCACCCAUAUUGGUGCGGACAACCUCCCUGGUAUCAACGGGUUGUUCCAGAGGAAGAUUGCAGAACAAGAAGAGGAGCGUAACCAAGGAUCUGGCUCCAGCAGCAACGGCGAAUGGAUGAAGAACCUGAUCUCUCCUGAGCUUGGAAUUGUGUUUUUCAAUGUCCCGGAGAAGCUUAGGAUGCCCGAGUCGACGCUGAAAGUGAAACGAAGCAUUGAGGAAGCAUCUCUUACGUUGCAGUACCUCAACAAGCUUGGUAUCACACCAGAGCCUCUUCACAGGGUAGUCAGCAACACCAUCGAACCAAUCACACUGUUCCACAAACUUGGUGUGGGGAAGUUAGACAUGUAUGUCUUAAACCCUGUAAAAGAGAGCAAAGAGAUGCAGUUUCUAAUGCAGAAAUGGGCUGGAAACAGCAAAGCCAAAACCGGGAUUACGAUGGCCAAUGGAAAAGAAGGAGAAAUAUCGGUCCCCUAUUUGACAUCAGUUACUGCUCUCAUAGUUUGGAUUCCCCACCGUCCAACAGAAAAGAUAGUUAGGGUGCUCUUCCCUGGAAAUGCACCGCAGAAUAAAAUCUUGGAGGGCCUCGAGAAACUGAAACACCUGGACUUCUUGCGAUACCCAGUGGCGACCCAAAAGGACAUAUCAUCUGGUGCACCUCCUCCCAUCAUCAAACAGACUAAAAUAAGAUCAAGAACGGACAGCAAAGAGAGUCUCAAGUCUUCACCCAAACCUCACUCUAAAACAACAAAGAAAGAAGCCAGUGGACAGGAGGAAGAGUCCAAGAGUGAUAUCACUAAAGAGAAUAAAGUUGAAAAGAAAGAGGAGAAGAAGCUCAAAAGUGAAAGUCUGAAAGCCACCAAACAACAGAAAAACAGUGAGGUUGCGCCUGUGGCAGGCAAGACAGAGAAAAAGAAAACAUCCAAGGAAAAAACUGCCAAGCAAGAAAAAUCAUCCAAAAUGGAUGAAAAAAAAGACAAAGAGAAAAAGGAAAUAAAGAAAGAAAAACGUGAAGCAAAGAAAGAUGAAAAUAUAAGAAAAGAAGAGAAAAAGGAAAGGAAAGCCAAGGAGGAUAAAAAGAAGGACUCAAGUAAACCGGAACUGAGAAAAAUCACAAAACCUGACCUGAAGCCGCUCACCCCUGAAGUGAGAAAAACUCUGCAUAAAGCUAAGAGUCAGGCUAAACCCAAAACAGACAAAAACAAAGUAGUGAAAGAGGAAGCAAAUGAGAAAAAGCCAGUCCCAAAGAACAUCCCUGAGGAGAUUGCAGCAGCAGCUUUGGCUGACAGGUCCAUUGUGUCCUCCCCAGAGGACCUCACUGAGGACUUUGAGGCUCUGAAACAAGAAGAGCUGUCAAAGAAGAGUGAGCCUAUUCAGAAUGAUGUGAUGUUUGGGUAUUUGCUGCACACAGAUACUAAAGUUCCUUCCUCAGUUGUCCCCGAUGAGAGGGUCCCAUCCCCAGCCACUGAGAUACAAUCUGCUUCACCCAAAUCCCCCGUCAAACAGGAAUACAACAAAGACAAGUGUGCUUCAGUACAGGUUACAGCCACUGAAAAGAAGGAAGCAAGCAAUGCCUUUGACAAGAAGUAUGAAGAGGAGCAAAUGGAGAAAUAUGACAAAUACCAUGUAACGGACCACAUAGAAGACAGAUCAAAGAAAUGUGACAGCUCAGAGGAGGAGGGGGAUGUCAUUGAAAAAGCCGAAUUUGAAGGAACGGAAGAUGAUGAGGUCCUGAAAUAUAGAGCAGAGGUGGCGAAAAAGGAAAAAACUGGAACGGAGUGGGACACCAAGCCAACUGAGAAAAAACCUUUGUCAACCACAGCCCUGUUUGGGCAAGUAGCGGCCUCCGCCUCGGAGCAAUUCUCCUUCAUCCAAGACGAGACAAUCCCUGGUUACUCAGAGACUGAACAGACCAUCUCUGAUGAAGAGAUCCACGAGGAUCCAGAAGAUAGGAUCCCACAUUUGCGCUACGAUGUGGGCUCCUAUGACAUAUCUGUCCCUGAUGUCCCUGGUACCUUUGACUCCAUGCAAGGUAUAAAAGAGAUGAAGUGCUCCAGUGUGUCUGACAUCAAACCCAAAGCCUUCAUGGGAGGGCACGAGCCUGAGCUCGCACCUUAUCCUGCCAUCAUUGCUGCCCCUCUUGCAGAGGAAGAGCACAUCUCCUCUGCAACAUCCAUAACAGAAUAUGACAAACUGUCAUCCUUUGCCACAUCUGUAGCCGAGGACCAGUCAAUAGCCUCUGUGACAGCGCCACAGACCGAGGAGGCUGGGAGGAACUCUCUCCUGCUUGACACAAUCAACAGUACCCCAUUACGCGCUGAGGCUGUCCAUGGGAAGGACUAUCUUCACUCGGCAGGAACCAUCUCACCCACCUCCUCUCUGGAGGACGACAAGUGCUUCAAGUCUCCUUCCUCGGACGAGUACCAGCCCAACAUUCCCGAGAUGGAAUCUGGGGAUGCAAAGAUUAAAUCAGUCCAUGAGGAAGAAGAGGACGAGGAAGACGAGGACGAGGACCAGACUCCGAACGUCGACAUCCCUCUGGGUAAACUCCAAGAGGGCUACGAACAGGCAUCCUUCAUGCUGCUCCAAGAAAAGCAGAAAUCUCCCUCUGCGCCUUUCUCUCCUCCUUCUCCACCCUGCUCUACCAUGAAGUCCUCUCCCACGCAGGCUGUCAAAGAAAACCAAUCUCUCUUUAGCACAGAGGGAUUUAAGACUGGUGCAGAUACAAAGCCUUUUUCACCCCCUCCAUCUUUCUCCUCUGGAUUAGAUUUAGAGUCCCACUCCAGGCAGGAUAGUGAGGAAAGAUGUCUAAGUCCAGAUGACAGCACCAUGAAACUGGCCUCACCCACACAGUCUAUGCCCACAAGCAGUGGCUACUCUCCGACAGAAGAGAAACCCUUUAAGACAGAAGACAAAGAUGAAGCAGGGUUAAAUGUUAAAGCUGACACCCAGAAGUCAGUCGUUAUCUCAGACAGUACUGCCUAUAUUGGUAUGGUAGGUGACAACCCAGUGUCUGAAGAGUCUCAAGAAGAAUCCAAUGAAUCCAUUGAAGAGGAAGAUGACUAUUAUGCCAAAAAGGAUCUACAGCCCGCUGUUAAGGCCAAGCUUAUGGAGGCAAAAGAGGGGUGCUUCUUAGAUGACGACUUCGCCUCUGAGGCUACAUCUGCAAAGACAGAAACAGAAGUCAAGAGCUUGGACAAGACGUCGUUGUCUUUCAACACAGAGAAAAAGCCAAUUCCUCAGGUGAUGUACUCAGAUGAAGAUGAAGAAGAUGAUGAUAAUCAAAGUGGAAUAGGGUCUAAUGAGCCCUCAUCAACCAAUCAAAGCAAAGUGGACUCAAAAAAUGAAACCACAGAGGAAACAGGUGUUGCAAUUAAAGAGACAGAGAAAAAUGUUCAUUUCAGUCUCUAUAACUUUCCAGAGAAGGAGACCAAAGAAAAGGCCAUGUAUAUAAGACAGGACACACCCUAUGUGCAUGGAAAAACAUUCUCUUACAGUGACAUUUAUGGCUCAGUGGACUCUGAUUCAUAUCGUCAGGAGUCCUUAGAUAAAGCGGAGGACACCGCAAAGGUUGAAGUGGAUUCGCAGAAACUCGAGUCCCCAUCCUCGGUAACAGCCACAGACAAGAUGUCAGAGAAGGAGGGAUUUACUGUCUCUUAUGGAAAAGAGUCCUCCUCCUCAUCGUGGCUUGACUCAGAGAGCACUGCUGCUGUACCUCUUUUCGAAGACGUCAAAGGAAAAGAGACAUUUGAACAAGACAUAGGUAUCCGAUUCCCUUCAUUGGCUGAUAGACCCGAGGCCUCGUCCACUUCUUUAUCAUCAGAAAAAGACGUCUCUUUUAAAAGCCAGAUUGACGGCGGCCCAAAGAUCCAGACGUACUCCUCAAUAAAUGAUGCAGACAAACCUGCCACCACAGGCUACGACAGGAAAGGAUCUAGUUUGGAGGUUGAUAUGCGAAAACUAACAGCAAGGGACGAGGAGGACUAUGAUGAUGAUGAAGUUGUCGAAGAAGAUGAUGAUGAUGAGGAGGAGGAAGAGGAGGAGGACGACAACGAAGACGCUGUUGAUUCUGAUAUGGAAAAAGGCGCCAAAGAGAAGUCAGAGAAGGAAGUCAAAAGUCCAAUCUGUGAAAUGUUUGGCUCAAAUAGGCCUGAAUUUAUGGUUUCCAUGGCUGGAUACGGCUAUAACAGCCAGGGGAAGCCGAGCAGCUCCAGCUCACUCACAAAGGCUGAACACAAAGCCACAAUUGACUCCUUCAGUGGAAAGCCAAUGGAUUUAGGAGCUACAGGUUUCUCUGCCUACACAUCAGGAUUUGAAUACUCAUAUGGAAGUGGUGAGAAAGACUCUUUUUUAAGUCCGACCACAGACAAAGUUAAAGAGGAUUUCACUUUGAAAUCAACAGAGGACAGUUAUUACCAGAAUGACAGGGAUGAUCUGGAUUUUGAGAAACAGAAGAUACCAGACCUGAGUAAGAGAUCACUGGACACAAGCUUUCAGUACACAACCACCGCUGCCCCUGGGUACUCCUCCUCUUCGGCCUAUAGCUACUCCUCCUCCACCUCGGGCUCCCUCUCCACCAGCCGUCAGUUUGGAGAGGAACUCGAGACUCCUGCCGAGCCUCUCUUUGAGUACUCCUCCUUUAAAGAAGAACACUCACUGGUCAUGGAUCCACCCUACUGUGGCUCCGCUGGCACAAAAGACGACUACUUAGAAGUGUCUGAAAAACAGAUCACGGCUACAACCAUGGCUGAAUCCACUUCCAAUUUAGCUCGCUUCUCACCCCACAGCCCAUUUGAGGAGGUCAAAUCCUUCCCUUCGCUCUCUUCCACUGCCUUUGCUGAGGACAAAAAGGAGUAUACAACUUCAACAGCUGAAGUAAUGGACAAAGGCCCUCAUUCGGACUGCUUCUAUAAGCCUGAAUGGUCGGUAGGAUCCAAGCUCGACAUGGCUGUUGGGUUUGGGGCCUCUGCGGGACCAUUUGCUCAACCUACAGAGCUGUCCCAAGACAAAGAGGCAGCCAGCGCCGCUUUAUUUGGCGUCACUUCUUCCCCACGCCCGGACACAGAAGGCAAGCACUACUUUGAGGAGACUGACAGCAGUGAGGAAGAGGAUGAGGAAGCUUACAUGCGUGAGAUGACCAGGACACUUUCCAGCGGCCAGUCUGCUAACCUCUCAUUUUCUGACAAGCAUGUUGCUCCAGCUGGCAGUGAAAAUACGGCUGGUGCCCUGCCCGAUGUUCUUGGCUCCUACGUGCCCUCCCCUCUUCAGGCCAGCAAGCCAGACCCGGUCAACGGCCCCAUGGAGGUCGGCUUAAGCAGCACCCUCCCUGCUGGUGCAGCAUCCAGUGGUACAUCUUCAGGCCCAGCCAAGGUGGAGCCCAGAGAGGGAGCGGCAGCUUACAGGAGCUCUUUUGAGUGGGAGAUGUCAAAACCCCAGAUGGGCAUGGUGCCCGGAGACUCCCCUCCCCAUUACCGCCAUGAUGAAGAGUUUGAAGAGGAGUGUGAGAUGGAGCCGGAGCACCCUGCCCGCCCGCUGUCACUCUCUUCAACCGAUCAGCCGUUCUGCUCUCCAUUCUACGCUGAAGAGUGCAGCCAAGGGGGUCAGGAUGACGACGAUGACGAUGACAGCGAUCAGGAUCUUGCUGGUGAUGUGCCCAUGGGAGCCACCUCCUCUUACACCAGCCGCAGCUCUCCUGGAUAUUCCUCCUCCGACUACAGGCAGCCCAAACACGACCUCUCGCCUUCCUUCAUAAACCCAUGCAUGGGGCAGCUAUCCAGCGACGAGGAUGACGAGGAGCACGGGCAAAGGAGUGACCAAUCGCAGGAGGCUGAUGUGCAUGAUCUGUCGGUCAAGAGAAGGGCUAACAAGCAGCCCCAUCAUCACCAGUUUCAGAGCAGCUCUCUGCAGCAAGCUCGCAGCAUGUCAGCAGGGCUAGUUUUGGCCACGGAGGACACACCGCCCACCUCCAUCAGCGAAUCUCUAGCCUCUCAGUCCGACUCUGAUGUGCCUCCAGGCACUGAGGAAUACCCUUCGGUCGUUGGCGAAGGCAACAUGGACUCAGAUGAGGAUGCAGACUACAUGCCUGUUGAUAAAUUAUCUGCUACCAGGGGAGGCAGCCAAUCCUCUAGGAGGAGCAAUGACCCUCCUCCUGCUCCCCUCAUGGACCCUAUUCCUCACCCCCCACGCCCAGACGUUUGCAUGGUGGAUCCUGACUCUUUGGAUAAUGGCAUAGUUAAGAAAGAACCAAAAGCCAAGAGUUUAAAGAAGACUUCGGGAAAAACCAAAUCAGCAUCACCGGCUAGGCGUAAGAGGUCGCCCAUGCCUGUCAAACAGACGCCGUCUCCUCGCAGCGCCUCGCUUAAGAAGAAGGAGGCAGACAAGAGCUCACGGAUGUCUCGUCUGUCAGAUGGACAGGGCUCCAAAGACGAUGACCUCUCCAGGUCGAGCUACAACCCGAGCAAGGGGCUGACCAACGGUGUCAAGAGUAGUUCAGGUUCUCAGAAGUCUGGCACUGCAGCGGGUCCAGGCCUUCCUAUAUAUGUGGACUUGGCUUACAUUCCCAACCACUGCAGUGCCAAAAAUGUGGACCAAGAGUUUUUCAAACGCAUUCGCUCUGCAUACUAUGUGGUGAGCGGAAACGACACAGCAAGCGGUGAACCCAGCCGAGGAGUCCUCAAUGCCCUUCUGGAUGGCAAAGCUCAGUGGGGAUCAAACCUGCAGGUGACGCUGAUCCCCACCCACGACACGGAGGUGACCCGUGACUGGUACCAGCAGACUCAUGAGAGGCAGCAGGAGCUCAACAUCAUGGUCCUGGCCUCCAGCAGCACCGUCGUCAUGCAGGACGAGUCUUUCCCCGCUUGCAAGAUUGAGUUUUAAGACCCUUGUGUCCUCUCUCCCUCCUCCUGGCCUCCCCAGUGUAGAUCUGGUUUUAAUUGCCCUCCUCUAUAGCCUGAUAUGCAAAUCUGCCUCUGCCUUGGGCUACUGAGCAACAAGCAGAAACAGACCUGGAUAACUGUCUACUCUUUUCUAGAUUUGUAUUCAUUCAUAAGCUUGUUGUGUCCUAUCACAAUUAGUUUUACAAAGGUAGUUUUCUGACAACUAUGUCCUCCAUUAUUAUUAUUACUAUUAUUAUCAUGAUUUCUAGUCCUUUUUAAAGGGAGUGCAGUUUUCUUUCUGUUCCUAACUAUUUGUUUGUCCACAACCUGUGAGACAAUGGAGUCUAUGUUCAUUGGCAGAGACAAAAUGCCCAUUGUGUUCAUACAGAAAACAAUACAAAAUUGAUGUUUAGUUGCUUGACUAAUAAUUGGCAUAAAUCAAAGCACAAGUUUGCACACUUUAAAGCCAGCAGCAAAAUAUAUUCUUCCACUGAGACCCGAACAUCGGACCUUUCACAAUAAAGGUUGUCAAUUUAAUACAUUUGCUGAUAGAAAAUCUUAUUAGAGGCUAUUUGAGGCUAAUUGUGAUCAUUUUUACUUGACUCUCCUCUGUUGUCCCUUUCUGUCGUUCUUCUAAAACAACAGUCCCAGUGUUGAACUUUGUGCCUCCUUCUGACAUAGUGAAAUAAAAAAUGGUCUUUUGAGUAUAUUUGCGGUAGGAUAGGAAAGAUCAUAGUCAUGAAUCUGUAUUGUAGUGAAUUAUGAUAUUACUACCGUUAUCUCAAAGUGAAAACCAAUCGUUACAGUAAGAAUAAGAAUUUAUCUGUGGCUGUUAUUUCAUACGGCGGGAUUUGCCGAAUAAGAUUCUCUCUAUAAUUGUUUCUGUGGUCUUUGAUGUAUAUUUUCAGUGUAUUUCCAGUAAACAUAUCGUUGCUGAGGAUCAUGAGGGGGAACUGAAGGCAGAGGCGGUGAUACAAGUAUAAAAUCAUCAUCCUGAUCUUUGGAUUCUACCUGUUACUAUCUUUACAUGCAGAACAGCACUCGAAGCUCGUAAGAGGGAAGUCGACAACCCUCAUAGCAGAUGUUGCGUCUCAAAGUUAUUUAUACAAAAUCUGGGUUAAAAAAUAAAGAAUGUAUUCCGAUACAACAAUAGCAGCAUGUGGUUUGCGAGGAGCGAUUGUGUUUGCCUGGUGAACAGAGCUGGUCGGUUUGAUUGAUGGUUAGAGGUUAGACUGUCACCCACAUGUGCCUUCUGUCUUGCUGUCCUGGAAAGGGGGGAGAAAAUGUGUUUUUCGUCGUAGAAAUUCAAGGUGGCAUCCUCCAAGUGUGCGGUUCACCCUCGGCUCGGUGGCGGAGGCUUCGGCGAGUUGGUCUCCUCUGUUGUUUUGGGAGUUUUGUCAGUGAGAACGUCGGUGCACCAAAAAAAGGUCAAAGUUGUACGUAUUCAGCGUAAAAAUGGCACUUUUAAAAA